AUGGACUUUAUCAAUUAUAGGAUCGUUUCCUUUGUUUUCGGUAUAUUCGUACUAUGGACGCUUUAUCAAUGGAAGGAUCAUAUCAUUGAUAGAAUGAUCUCGACUCUGUUGUACCCAAUUCGAAACGAACACGGGGGAAAUAUUCAAGGCCCGAAAUGGAAGUUCAUUGAUGGGCAUUGUCUCGAUAAAUUUCUUCGAGGACGUGAAGUCAGCCAGAAAUGGCGCCAAUAUGGACCGGUCUAUCGCAUCUGGUCAGGGUUUCUCCCCGAAGUUGUCAUUACGAGACCGGAGGACGUCAAGGUCUUUCACAGCGACUCUUUCACCCAUAUGAAAUCAAAGUCCAGCAACGGCGGCUGGUUAUUCCACGAGCUUCUCGGGAACUGCAUGGGCCUCAUUAACGGCGAUCGAUGGAAACUAGUUCGGGCUCACUUUGAUCACCAUUUUAUCCAUCGCGCUGUCGCAUCUAUUUCUAGUCAUGUGGAAGUCGCCGCAGCUGGGCAUUUACAGAGCCUUGAGACAAAGUGUGCUGAGUCUAUCGAGGUGCACGCCGCCAAGGACUUCUCGCGCUUUCCAUUCAUGACUACUGCGGAAUAUCUAUAUGGGCCAUUAACUGAAGAUGAAAAGGAGGAGCUAUGGAAUCUGGGCCAGGAAAGUCUGGCGCUAAUGGGAAAUGUUCUUUCUGGUGGAGUGUAUCGUUUCAGGCUAUGUCAGUGGGCGAAGCCACGGUCAUUCCGACGACUCCGGCGCUUUCAGACCGAAUGGCGAACCUUCAACGAAAAGAUUAUAACGUCACGAGGAAUGUCAAAAGAUCAGCAGUCGCCCGUUGUGGAAGCUUGGAAAGGGGUAGAAAAUGGCUGUGUUUCGAUAGACGAGGUGAAGUCAUUCAUCUCAGUAUGCUUUCUUCGCCGAUUCUGA